CGGCAGCACUGGCAGCUCAACAUAGCGUUCAUUGAACGCCGUUCAAUAAACAAAGCGCAGAAAAAAUUAACUAAAAGACAAUAUAAUGUCGCUGACAAUAAUGAAAUGCCGCAAAUCGGCGGCAGGACUAGUGCCUAUACAGCCGUCAUUGGUUUACCGCACGAAAAACCUGGACACAAUGCAGAUUAUGAAGAAACAAUUUGUGAAGCUGGAAGCGGGGAAUGGCAUAGUCAGCGCCACUUCAGCUGGAAUCGUCCUCAACAAAAUACCAGCGCUGAUCAAGCCCACGAUGAAGAGAGCAGCCACAUCGACGGCACCAGCAGCCUUGGGACCAGGUCCCCUGAAGAAUCCCAAGUAUGUGAUUCAGACUAGCGCGGCGGCGGCUGGCACUUCGGCGUGGCAGUCUGUGACAGCCAUUAAAAGGGAGACCGGCUCGAAUCAAUCCCUGGGAAUAGCGCUCAGCUCGCUGCCGCCCAACACCAUCAUUAAGAGGGCCGCGCCACCAAGUGCAGCAGCUCCCGCUACCCCAACAACCAGCAGGAGCGCCCUGUCGAGUCUGCUCAACAGCCCAGUUACGCCCGCUUCCCGCGUCUCGUCUGCCGUACACCAGACGGUUUUCGUCAAGCGGGAAUUGCCGCCACAGCGUAGCAUGCGCGCCAUGACCAUGGGCCUGAUGGAGAACGCCACGAUGCUGCACCUGGGGCUGGCCAGCGAGCAUCUGUCGAUACUGAAGCGACACAUAUGCCGCAGUGCCGCGGUGACUCACCUGGACUGCUGCAUAGCGUUGAGGAAACUGCGCCAGAACGAGUCGUUUGCCCUGCUGGCCGAAUGCUUCGAGCUGAGCGAGUCCGAUGCGGAGGAAACGUUCAAGCGGACCAUCAUAAAGCUGGCUCGCUGCCUGAGGCCCUUAAUCUGCUGGCCGGACUCCAACCACUUUCUCGACAGGCUAAAGCACACGCCGCUGGACUACCGGUCCGAUCUGAUGCAUCUGCGGUCCAUUAUUGAGUGCGUGGAGACGGACGUGAGUGAGGCGUUAGACUUUAGCUGCCAGAGCUACAAGUUCAUACUCUGCAUCAACACGAAUGGCAUCAUCAGCUACAUCUCGAGCGCCUAUCCCGGCCAGUACGACGAUCUGCAGCUGUUCGAGGCCAGCAACUUCAAGAACAUUGUACCCGACUACCUCACGCUGUGUGCGGAACCCGGCAAGGCAGUGCCCCGCUCACGGCAGCCAGCCUCUGAUUCCAUUUACGAUGCCGUCGAGGAUGAUGAUUCCGCAUCGCUGGACGAGCAGAAGCAACCGGUCAGCAGCUACGACUCCCAGCGCCUGGCCGGGCAGUUGGCCAGCCAGGAGUCACUGUCCAUUGUGAAUGGUGCCCUGAUCUCGAAGCGCGCCCCGUCCGUGCAACUGCCAACGCUGCGUCUGCAGGAGCCGGCCUGCCAUGCCCAGUUGCGCGCCACAAUCGACACGCUGCGAGAGUUCAAAAUGCUGCACCACAGCGCCAUUCAACAGAAGUCGAUGCUCGGUUACCUCAACGAGAUGCUAAUUGUGGCCGCCGCUCUGUGCAAUCUGAAGCGGAAGGAGCUCUCCUCGUAAGCCUAGGCUAAGUUGUAUGUGAGAAUGUGAGAGAGAGAGAGAGAGGCCUGUUUUAAGGCCCAGUCUAGUAGAGAAUCUUGUAUUAAAAUCUAUUCGUACUCGAGCUGUUGAGUCUCUGUGGAAUGGUUAUUAAAUUGAAGCUUUGGAGAGUCUAAGAAUUUGUUUAAACAGCUGAAACAUUUCCAAUUCCAUUCUCUUCUCGGCUGUCAAUUAACAAAACAGAUGCAGGUACAUAUACGUAUAUUUAUUUUUUUAUUU